ACCAGGAUCGUGGGGCGCCAAGGGCUGAGCCCAGCUUUGGGAGGACUCCUAGUUCGUGGGUAGUGGGGAGUUGUCCUUGUGGUCCCGCGCUCAGAGCGCGGCUCCUUGUGGUGAGAACUCCAUACAGUCAGCUUCUAGCUUUUUAUUACAGUUCUUAGAGGCCUUUGGGCAUCUCCUAGGACUAUGGCGACAGGUUAACUUCGGAGUCUCGGGACGCUUUGGCGGAGGACCGCCCCGCCCUUUCCCCAGCCUCGGGCUACAUAUCCCAGAAGCCUCCACGGUACACCACUUGUUCUUAAACCUCAGCAGCCACCUAUUGCUCCCUGGCCUGUCGGUUUGCUCAAGUCCUCGGAGGAUGCUCAGGUGAACUGAAUGACCAGAACUGAGCUUCAUUGAAGGCUUGGAAUGAGACUCGACAGAGAAGACUGUUGAGCCAGCCAGACCCUAGCUGGAUUUUUGCUCUUCUGGACUACAUUUCCCUGACAUCUUCGCGGCAUAUGCCAUUUCCAGCCAGAGUUGGCUGGCAGGUGGCGAGUUUGAAGGAGUUCGGAGGCAAAGUGUCGGUGUGUUCCGGGUGCUUAGCUCACUCAUUAGCGGCAGAUACGAAUCCAGAACAGGAGGAGAGAAGAGCCGCUGUGCAUAAAAUAUCAUGGCAGAAGGCUUGAAGUUCAAAGAUGUGGCCAUUUUCUUCUCUCAAAAGGAGUGGGAAUGCUUGCACUCUGCUCAGAAGGAUUUAUACCGAGAUAUAAUGUUGGAGAAUUAUAGCAACCUGAUCUCACUGGGACUUUCUGAUUCUAAGCCAGAUGUGAUCUCCUUAUUGGAACAGGGUAAGGAGCCCUGGAUUGUUAAAAGGAAGGAGACAAAAGAAUGGUGCCCAGAUUGGGAAUCCAGAAGAGAAACCAGGAAUUUAUCUCCAAAAGAGGAUUGUUACGAAAUUAAAUCAUUGCAACUAGGGAUAAAACAACCUAUAAGCUCCAACCUUCUGUGCACUAGGGUCAGAGAUAACAGUGAAGUCAAAUGCUACUUGGAGAAACAACAGGAUAGACACUUCAGAACAGCUAUCAUAACCUCUGAAGAAAGGUCUGCUUUCAUUCAAUGUACAGUUUAUAGAGUAUCUAAGAUAAUUCAUACUGGAAUGAAAUCAUGUGAAUGCAAGGAAUAUAAGGAAAUUUUCAGGUACCAGUCAGACUGCAUUCAACAUGAAAACAGUCAUAAUAAAGAAAAAAACUCUAAAUGUGGAGAAUGUGGGAAAGCCUUUCAUAAUAGGCAAGACUUGAAUAAGCAUCAGAGAAUUCAUGAAAGAAAGAAAAAUAAUGAAAAUAAUAAAUCUGCCUUUAUUCAUGAUUCUGAAAUUAGUAAACCUCAGAGCAUUAAUCCUGGUGAGAAAGCUCUUAAAUGUAAAGAAUGUGGGAAAGCCUUUCAUUCUAGCUCGCAGCUUAUUAAACAUCAAAGGAUUCAUAUUGGUGAGAAACCCUAUAAAUGUAAGGAGUGUGAGAAGGCCUUUCCAACUACUUCCCAACUUAAUUUACAUCAGAGAAUUCAUACAGGUGAGAGGUACUAUGAAUGUAAGGAAUGUGGAAAAGCUUUCACCCGUCCCUCACACCUUUUCCGACAUCAGAGGAUCCACACUGGUGAGAAACCCCAUAAAUGUAAAGAAUGUGGUAAAGCUUUUCGUUAUGACACACAACUUAGUCUUCAUCAAAUAAUUCAUACUGGUGAAAGACGCUAUGAAUGUAAGGAAUGUGGAAGGGUAUAUAGCUGUGCCUCCCAACUGAGUCUACAUCAAAGAAUUCACACUGGAGAGAAACCUCAUAAGUGUAAGGAAUGUGGAAAAGCCUUUAUCUCUGAUUCACAUCUUAUUCGACAUCAGAGUGUUCAUACUGGUGAGAAACCAUAUAAAUGUAAAGAAUGUGAGAAGUCCUUUCGUCGUGGCUCAGAGCUUACUCGACAUCAAAGAGCUCACACUGGUGAGAAACCCUAUAAAUGUAGGGAAUGUGGAAUGGCCUUUACUUGUAGCACAGAACUUAUUCGACAUCAAAAAAUUCACACUGGCGAGAGACCCCAUAAAUGUAAGGAAUGUGAGAAAGCUUUUAUUCGAAGAUCAGAACUUACUCAUCAUGAGAGAAGUCAUAAUGGUGAAAAACCCUACAAGUGUAAGGAAUGUGGAAAGGCCUUUGGUCGUGGCUCAGAACUUAGUCGACACCAGAAAAUUCACAGUGGUGAGAAACCUUAUGAAUGUAAGCAAUGUGGGAAGGCCUUUAUUCGUGGCUCACACCUUAGUCAACAUCAAAAAAUUCAUUCAGGACAAAGGAGUGAAUGAAGAUGUGAGAACGUUCAGAAUUUAAUUGACACCUGAAAUUCAUGCUAGAAAAACAGAAACAAAACAAAACCCCUGUAAUUAUAAGGGAUGUGGGAAAGUAUUUAAGGAUAACAGCUUAAUAUCAAGAGUUUGUACUGUGAAUGUAAAGUCUUUAAUUAAGGGCCAGAAUGUUAGGAAUUGGAAGGGUUUAUUUGUGUUUCAGAAUUCAUUUUAUAUAAGAGUUCAAUUGGUGAAAAAGAGAAAAACUCCAUGAAUGUAAGGAAAGUGGGAAGGUUUAGGAUGGCAGCAAAUGUGUUAGAGACAUUAAUCAUUCAAACUUUUCUCAACAUCAUGGUCAUUAGCCCUUAGAGGAAAUUAGAGUACUUAUAACAUAAAUGACAUAUACA